CCUGGAGAUGGCGGUAAUGCCCCUGAGUGUUGAUUGACGUCCUCAGUAAAACAAGAAGACGCCUCACAGGAAGGAAACAACUCAAACGAUGUAACAAUGUCAAUACGGAAGUUGUUAGGUAUCACAUGCAUGAAGAUUGAAAAACAAUCAUGUUAAAUGGCAGCGCGAUGGCGGGGGGUAAUGGAGACGAGCGGGAAUCGGAGGAGCGAGUAUGGAAGUGGACCCCGGAUCAGCAGAACACUGCGUCGAGCCCUUCAUGCAGGUUGCUGAAGCUCGAGCUGGAGCUCAACGCGCACCUCCGUGGGCUCAGCUUCGGAGAGCCCGUCCGCUAUGUGUACAACCCACUGGAGUACGCGUGGGAGACGCACAGCUGCUACGUGGAAAAGUACUGCCAGACGGGCCAGAGCUUCUUGUUUUUAGGCAUGAAUCCUGGACCGUUCGGCAUGGCCCAGACGGGGGUUCCCUUUGGCGAAGUGAACUCAGUAGUUGAUUGGCUGAAGAUCACGGGGGAGGUCGGUCGCCCUGACGACGAGCAUCCAAAGCGUCGCAUAAGCGGCCUGGCCUGCACUCAGAGCGAAGUGAGUGGCGCCCGCUUCUGGGGCUUCUUCAGAAAGUUGUGUGGCGAACCGGCGGCAUUCUUCCGCCACUGUUUCGUGCACAACCUUUGCCCUCUCAUUUUCAUGAGCAGCAGCGGGAAGAACCUAACCCCACCUGAGCUCAACGCCCGUGAGCGUGAGGAGCUCCUCCGCCUGUGUGACAUUGCCCUGUGCCAAGCCGUGGAGGCCCUGGGUGUCUCCAUGGUGAUCGGUGUGGGCAGGGUGGCGGAGCAGCGGGCACGUCGCGCUCUUUCCGCAGCUGGUAUGGACGUGCGAGUGGAGGGCAUUAUGCAUCCUUCGCCCAGGAACCCUCUGGCCAAUAAGGGCUGGGAGAGUGUGGCUAAAGCGAAGCUAGCACAACUGGGCGUCCUCCCGUUGCUUAGUAACAACACAUGGCAAGAAUCCUCCCACACUCAGGAAAGUUCAUAACAGGAAAAUCCAUCCAUCUGUUUUCUGUGGUCCUUGUCCCUAUUAGGGUUACAGGUGAGCUGGAGCCUAUCCCAGCUAAUUUUGGGUAAGAGGCGAGGUACACCCUGGACGUGUCGCCGGCACGUGGAGACAAACAACCAUUCACGCUCACAGUCACACUUAAGGACAGUUCUAAAUCGUAAAUUAACCUAACGUGCGGGUUUUUGGAAUGUAGGAGGAAGCCGGAGUACCAAGAGCUCAGAAGUGUGUAAUUCAAUGUACUUGUACCUUUCACAUCUGUCUGUAUUGAUUUAGGACAAACUGUUCUGUUGUUUAUUACUUUUUUUUUUUUUUACUCAUGUACACCAAGUAGACACUACAGUAUGGUCAGGUUGGAGGUUUUUGUUACAGGCAAAACUAUGUUAUUUAUUUUAUUUGGUCCAUUUACAUUGUAUUGUUCUACAAUGAUUUGUUUUGCAUCUUAGAAUUACCACUUCUGUAUAGUUAAAUGUCUUCUUGUAUUUGUUACAAAUGUAAUGGUUAUUUAUAUCCAUUCACUUCAUGAUUGAUCACAUCUUUUUCUUGACUGUUUUCUAAUCCCAUGUCAUUACAAUUCCAUGUAUUAUUUAUCUUUAUUACAAAAUAGAAAACCAAAUUUGUAUAACUUCAAUUAGCUUUAGAUCAAGAAUUAGAACUGUUAAAAAAAACUAUACAUUUAAUUAAUGGCAGAUUUGAAUUUCUCCUUGGGCAUCAAGAAAGGAUAAUUUUCCCUUUCUUAUAUAUUAAAUUCUAAUUGACAAUUUUAACAACGUUACUGUACUUUGUGGAUAAUUGUGAAACAAACAAACAAAAAAAUAAAAUAAAGAUUAGAGGUGUAUAAGUGACUUGUAAUCCUGUCAUUAGGACGUGAAGAGUGUCUGUCAUGAUUAAGUCAACUACUCUUCCUGGUAAGCUUCAGCCACUGCCAAGAAAUGAAAGAAGCGAGUAAACAACUCACAGCAGAGGAUUAUGUGUCCAGAAACAGGACUCUGUUGCUUUUACUGUUGUGAACUGCUUUUCCCAUGAUCCUCUGGCGUGACGAUCCUUCAACGGUACCUGGCAACAUUUAGUCAGUGUGCUGAUGGGAGCACAGCUGCGAACGUCUUUUUUAAAAACGACUUUUUCAGGUAAAACUUUUUUUUUUUUUUUUUCUAAAUGAAAUUAUGAUUCUGGAUAAAACAACAUUCUUUGGCUAACAACUCAGCUAUCAGCUAGCCAAACAACAUUUAAAACGUAGCAGUAUUAUACUGUACGUGUUUUGUUGUAUUUACUUUUGGUAAAUAAAAAGUAAAAUGUGUUAUUUAUCUACAGUCAUGGAAGAAUUGUUGUGUUUCUUCAGUUAUUCAUUUUUAAUUCCCGGUACAACUAAAGGUGCAUUUGUUUGGACAAUAUAAUGAUGACAACAAAAUUAGCUCAUAAUUAUGAGUAUAGUUUUCUUGAUAAUAACCAAAGUCACUGGGAAUAAAAUUAAUCUUAAGAAUGUCAACUAGGACUGCAUUUGUGUCGUGUUUAUUGUAUUAUGCAGGUAAUAUACCUUUAAUAAUACCAGACAUUAAAAUGAACAAGAAAUUGAA